AUGACCGACCAGGGCAACAAGGCGUCGGCCCCUGUCCGGCUAUGGGGCGGCCGGUUCACGGGCGAGAUUGACCCUCUGAUGAACCAGUACAACGAGAGUCUGUCGGUCGAUCGUGUCUUCUACGCCCAGGAUAUCAAGGGCUCGAUCGCCUACGCCCGGGCCAAUGUCAAGACGGGCAUCCUCACCCAGGAGGAGUUUGUGAAACUGGAACAGGGCCUCAACGAGGUCCUCAAGGAGUGGGAGCAGGGCACGUUCCAGCCGGCUCCCGGAGACGAAGACAUCCACACGGCCAACGAGCGCCGGCUGGGCGAGAUCAUUGGCACCAACAUCGCCGGCAAGCUCCACACCGGCCGCAGCCGCAACGACCAAGUCGCGACCGACAUGCGCAUGUGGCUCCGUGAUCAGCUGGGCCUGAUCGAGCAGUACCUAGUGGAUCUGCUAAAGGUCAUCGCCCUCCGCGCCCGGCAGGACAUCGACUACAUCAUGCCGAGCUACACCCAUCUCCAACGCGCACAGCCCAUCCGCUGGAGCCAGUGGCUGCUCAGCUACGCGACGGCGUUCCAGUCCGACCUGGAGCGGCUGCGCUUCACCAAGAAGAACAUCAACAAACUCCCCCUCGGCGCGGGGGCCGUGGCGGGCAACGCGUUCGGGAUCGACCGGGCGCAGCUGGCGAGGGAACUCGGGUUCGACGGGGUGAUUAUGAACAGCAUGUCGGCGGUGGGGGACCGGGACUUCGUGGUGGAGGCGCUGCAGUGCUGUGCGACGGUGUGCCUGCACCUGUCGCGGUGGGCCGAGGACCUGAUCGUGUACGGGUCGCUGGAGUUCGGCUACGUGAAGCUGGCCGACGCCUACACCACGGGCAGCUCGCUGAUGCCGCAGAAGAAGAACAGCGACUCGCUCGAGCUGCUGCGCGGCAAGGCCGGGCGCGUCUUCGGCGCCAUGGCCGGCCUGAUGAUGAGCGUCAAGGGCCUGCCCUCCACCUACAACAAGGACCUGCAGGAGAGCCUGCAGCCCAUGCUCGACACCGUCAAGACCGUGCAGGACAGCCUGCAGAUCGCGGCGCGGUCGCUGGCCACGGCGACCGUGUAUCCGGAGAAGAUGCGCGCGGCGUUGAGUCCGGACAUGCUGGCGACGGAUCUGGCCGAGUAUCUGGUGCGGAAAGGCGUCCCCUUCCGCGAAACGCACCACCUGGCGGGCAAGAUGGUGGCGCUGGCUGAGGACACGAACAAGCCGCUGGACCAGCUCAGCGUGGCGCAGUUCCAGGCCGUCGACCGGCGGUUCGGCGACGACGUGCGGGCCGUCUUCGACUACGAGCGCUCCGUCGAGCUCAAGGACGCCACCGGCGGCACCAGUCGGCGCGCCGUGCUGGAGCAGCUGGACGCGCUGGAGAAGGUACUCGGUGCUGCUUGA